AAAUUCACAUCAACCAUAAAUAUGGCUCAAUCAUCAUCUCCACUACCCACCUACGCCGCCGUGCUUGAGCAAUGCUCAGUAGCGCCGCCACCGGGAAAAGUCGCCGCCUUUUCUCUUCCUCUGACAUUUCUAGAUCUACAAUGGCUGCAUUCCUCCCCUGCCCAUCGCCUUAUGUUCUACCAACACGCCGUCUCAAGAACACACUUCAAAGAUACUAUCAUUCCCCAUCUCAAAACUUCCUUCUCCAUCGCCCUCCAAUAUUUCCCUCUCAUAGCAGCCAAGUUGGCCGUUCCUUCCGACUAUUCCACCCCGCCGGAAUUUGUAUACAGUGACGGUGACGGCGUUUCUCUUGUAUUCGCCGUGUCGGACGAUAAUAGCGGCCGUUUUGAUUGUUUAUCGUCCAACCAUGCAAGAAACUGUAACGAAUUUUAUCCCCUUAUUCCCACGUUACCGUCAGUUCGACGUGGUAUGUUUGCCGCCAAAGUGACGCUAUUCCCUGACGCCGGAAUUUGCGUCGGAAUCGCCAGCUACCAUGUAGCCGGAGACGAUUGUAGUAUAUUUGGGUUCAUGAAGGCGUGGACUGCGCUUUCUAUACUCGCACACAAAUCGUCACCCCUUUCACUUUCCGAUGAAUAUCUGCCGUUUCUGGAUAGAACCGCCAUUAUUGAAGACCCUAAAGGACUCAAAACUCUGGCGUGGAACCAAAUGAAGCAUGUCAAGAUUAACGAAGAAGACGCUGACGACGACGGUGUUCCCUAUGCUGACGUCACCGGCAAGGCACGUGCCACGUUUAUCGUUACACGAAACGACAUUCAAAAACUGAAAAAUCACGUGAUCUCAACAAAAGUAGUACGACGACAACCGCCGUCCUCGUUCGUGGUGACGUGUGCGUACAUGUGGGUCUGCUUGCUGAGGUCACAAUGCAUCAAAGAUGACGACGACGAUGACGACACCGUGUACUUCGUUUGUGCAGCGGAUUGUCGGGCGCGUUUAGACACGCCAUUGCCGGCGAAGUAUUUUGGAAACUGCAUCGUGCCGUGCAUAGCACGCGCGAAGGCCAGGCGGCUUGCGGCGGAGGAAUGCGGCCUUGCGGCGGCGGCGGAGGCGAUCGGGGACGCCAUUGAGUGGCAGUUGCAGGGCGAGGAGGGGGUGCUUAGAGGAGCCGAAAACUGGAUGAGUUUCUUCGGUACAGUGAAUCAUGAAAAAAUCCUGAGUGUUUCUGGUUCUCCCAGAUUUGACUAUUAUGAAAUGGAUUUUGGGUGGGGAAAGCCCAAGAAGACAGAGAUUACUUCCAUAGAUACAGGAGGAUUCCAUGUCGGGUGCGCUAAGGAAUCCUCGGAUAUUGAGAUUGGUGUGUCUGUACCUGCGACCAAAAUGCAUCUUCUCAAGACUCUUUUCGAUGAGGGCCUUCAAGCUUGAAUGUUUAUAAACUGAUUUAAAAUCCCAGUCUUUAUAUUCCUGAAGUUGUUUGCUAUGCACUACAAUAAUAUAUACAUUAUCCUAUACUGUAUUUUGUAACGUUUGACAA